AUGGCGCCUGUUGGACCCGUCGUUCAGCAAAAUGUCGCCCACAAAGUGAAGCGACCCAUACCUCCUGGAAUUCAGACGAACGGCGCGAUGACACCUUCAAAAUCAUCUCCAUCACCAUCAAUGUCCGCCAAGAAGCCGCCGCCGAGUGCGAAGCAGCCACCGCACUCGGCCAGCGACAGGGCGAUCACUGCAUCAUCCGUCCGACCUGUCAACCGAGCCCGACGAGAAACAGCAUCGCAACUGCAAGGCCGACACUCUAGGAACAGUGCUGGUUUGCGGUCGGCGUCCAUGGUGGCGGAUCAAAUAGCCCACGACGCACAACCCCGACCAUAUGUGGUCACAGACUCAUAUAUCUUGAAUAAGUUCGCCGGCCAACCUCCUUCCCUAAUCAUCCAUUUACAUCCCACGCAUUUUCGAUUCGAUAACCAGGAUGGCAUGUUCUCAUACAAAUCGCCUAUGAAACUAUUCAUCGAGCAUAUCAGGGCCCGGACUGUCCCGCAUGACCUUCUCCCAUACUUUAAUGAAGCUGGUGUGUUGUUUUAUGAUGGGUGCCUCAUAGUUCAAAUCCACGAUCAUAAAUCUCUUGCCCAAGCCAAGGAUGUUGCCAAACCAAAAUCAGCAAAGGGAUCUGCGAUGCUAUCAUCCAUCCAUAACUACAAUCAAUGGCUUACACCGUCCCCUAAUGUUCCUUUUCCUCAGGAAAACUUGUCCACCACAGACGGGAAGGCAAAGGCGGGCAGCACGGCAGAGAAGGAAAACUCUCCUAUGCCGCCACCCGAGGACCAAAAAGAAAAGUCUAAAAAGCCUGCUGUCUACACUGUGGUUCUUCAUCAAACACCGGAAAGUUUACAGACGGAUUUAUUCAUAAAAGCGUCUACCCCUCACGGAACGAGUGACGUGUCAGGUCAACCACCUCCAACGCCUAUGUCUCUGAUUCCACCAACACCAACUGCUACCAGCAUGCCACCACCGGCCAAGCGCCAGAAGCGCGAAAAGACAGAACUUGACGGUAGUAAUAUACACGAGGCAGAGGGUCAGAUUCUGUUGGCCACAAACGCGCCCUUGACACUUGAGCCCACAAGGACAAUAGAGGAGAACAUCAUUCUGCUUGAAGCAAUGAGUCAUCCCAAACACUCACAUGCUCCUCCACAGCCAAAGACAAGGAAGCGAACUCGUGCUGAGCUGGCCGCAUACGAAGCUCAGGCCGCAGGUGCAGAACGAUUUAUGCUUGUUGCGGACCCGCGUGCAGCAUCCAGUGCGAAUGGGGCCCAGAACGGUGGCACAGCGGACGUGGACGCUUCAACUGGUGCAUCCACAUUUGAGCCCAGAUUUGAGCGCUUCAAGGUUCUCGACGAGAUCAAAGCGAAACACAACGAAAAGAAGGAGCAAGAGAAGGCCAAGCAGCAAGAGGCGGAUCGGAAGCUGCAGCAACAGAGAGCGCAGCAGAAUGAGGCUGUUCAGAACGCCCAGAACGCUCAGAAGCAAGCCCAGGAGGAUCGAAAUCGUCGCGAGGCUGCAGCGAGAGAGGCCUCGAUGCGACAAGCUGAACAGCAACGACAGGCCCAAGCACAAGCACAAGCACAGGCCCAAGCACAACAAGCUCGUGCGCAAGCCGCAAGCCAGACAACUCAGGCCAAUCAAAAUGGUCAGCGGCUCAACGGGAAUCAACAACAGCACGCCCAUCCUCAGAACAAUGCCAUCACAAAUGCAGUCAAUACUGCAAGUGUGGGAACGCCUCAGAUGGCCAACAACAUGCCCUCGCAAGUUCAGCCUCGCUUUCAGGCUCAGAUCUCACAACCGCCAGCGUCUUCCCCAGUGGCUCGACAGGGCACCCCUCAGCACAUGUCAUCUCCAAUGGUGGGAAGCGUUCCCAUGCAGCAGACCAACUCUGGCAUGGCGAACAGCCCCCCACGACCGUCUUCUGUUGUUCAGAACCCAGCCGCUAUGUCCGUUCCUAUGGCGCAUAACAUGUCUUCAAGGGGCAGCCAGCAGAGCCACCCCUCUGGUACCCCUAGAAUGCCUCAUUCAACGCCUAACAUGACCCAAGGCACGCCUAUCAACAGGUCUGCUAUGAUAGCUACUCCCCGCAUGACGCAGGUCAGCCCCCCACCAGCUAUGAUGGCCCAGAACUCGCAGCCAGGCCAAGGCAUCAUGAUGAAUAACCAGGGCAUGAACCAGCAAAAUCCACAAUUUGCUCAGCAGCUGGCGCAGCAACGUGCCCUGCAGCAGCAGCAGCAACAACAGCAGCAGUUGGCGGCAAUGCAAAAUAGCAUCAGCAAUGGUAACAUGUCUCAGAUGAGCCCACAACAGCAGCAACAAAUGAUGCAGCUCAUGCAGAGGCAGCUCAUUGCUCAGCAGCAGCAACAGCAGCAGCAAGGUAAUAUGAUGAGCCCUCAGCAGCAACAGCAGCAACAGCAGAUUGCCGCACAGUAUGCUCAGCAAAUGCAGAACAUGUCGGGCAACCAGAUGCGGCAAUUCCCGCCGCAAAUGCAAGCACAGUUGCAACAAAUGAUGCGUAUGAACCAGAUGAAUGGCCAGGUGGGCAACAGUCCAAUGCAACGUCAAGUCAGCGAGCAGAUGAUGAAUGGAAACAACAUCAACAUGCAAGCUUUCCAAGCAAUGCAACAGGCUCAGCAACAACAAGCCCAGCAGCAACAGCAGCAACAGCAGCAGCAGCAGCAGCAGCAGCAACAGAACCAACACCAAAUGGGACAAAUGGGACAAUCUAUUCAGGCCCAAAUUCAGCAGCAGGCCAGAAUAGCGUAUCAAAGGAUGAUGAGUCAGGCGGUCAUUAAGCAUGGGUCUCCUGACAAAUUUCCGCCCGAUCUGUUGCAGAAAAUAAAGAGUGCUAGUAUGACUCAAGCUACGGGUCUUGUCCAGCAAAACUUUCAGCGUAGGCAGCAGGCCCAACAACAGCAGCAGCAGCAAAUGAUGAUGCAUCAACAACAGCAUCAACAACAGCAUCAGAUGCAGCAAAUGCAGCAACAGCAGAUGCAGCAGCAACAGAUGCAACAGCAGCAGAUGCAACAACAGAUGCAGCAACAACAUCUGCAACAACAGCAGCAGAUGCAAGGGAUGAAUGGCAUGAUGGGUGGCCAAGGGGGGAUGUGA